AUGGCUUGUCAAAAGGGCUUUAAACUAGGCUUGAAGGGGGAGGGGGUUAAAUACAGGAGCACUAGAGACAAGCUUAAGGACAGCCUCCAGCCUGCCAUUGGACUUGAAACAAGAAAUAAUGGACCAAGAGCCCCUGAGGUAAUAGGAGACAGGAGGGUUGCAGCCACAAAGCAUCUUGGGGGAUCAGUGGAGUGUCCCUCUAAGAACGUGACGUGGCCAGCAGACCAGCUGAAAUGUCUCUACACUAAUGCACACAGCAUGGGCAACAAGCAGGAGGAACUGGAAGCUAUCCUGCUACAGGAAAGCUAUGACAUAGUAGCAAUUACGGAAACUUGGUGGGAUGACUCCUAUGACUGGAGUGUGGCCAUCGAUGGGUACAAGCUGUUCAGAAGGGACAGGAGUGGAAGAAGGGGUGGAGGUGUUGCCCUCUAUGUAAAGAAGUGGCUAGAAUGUGAAGAGUUGUUGCUAAAGAGUAGCCAUGACCAGGUUGAAAGUUUAUGGGUAGGAAUUAGGGAUUGGGACAACAAAGGGAGCCUUGUGGUAGGAGUCUACUACAGGCCGCCUGACCAGGCGGAGCCUGUCAAUGAUGCCUUCUUACUCCAGCUUGAGGAGGCAUCACGAUCACAGGCUCUCAUCCUGCUGGGGGACUUUAACCACCCCGACAUCUGCUGGAAAAGCAACACAGCUGGCUGCAGACAAUCCAGGAAGCUCUUAGAGUGCCUAGAUGACAACUUCCUGCGACAAGAAAUUAACAGCCCUACUCGAGGAAAUGCAUUGUUGGAUCUGUUGAUCACAAAUGCAAGUGAAAUCAUCAGGGAUAUCAAAAUUGAAGGUAGCCUAGGCUGCAGUGAUCAUGCCCUAGUGCAGUUCACUGUCCUAAGGAGUUUGAAGCUCACCAGAAGCACAGUUAGGACUCUAAACUUCAAGAAAGCAAACUUCCAGCUUUUCAAGGAGUUAAAAAACCUAAGAGUUGACCAGAGGAGAAUAAACCUUAUCAGCUGUUUAGGAAAGAAAACUGUAUGUGGACCUGAUGAAAGGAGGCAAAGAAAAGUACUCACAAGGAAAGGUUGUCCCACCUUGCAGAGAAGAAAGCGAGACACGAGAACUGCCCUCUGUGGAAGGCAGCUGACAAAGGACAAGCUCUGCAUCGUCUGCUGGGUUGCGGUACCACAGUACCAGCAGGGAGCCCAGGGUCAGACUUCAGGAACCCCUUGCAGAUGCCACCAGGUGUGGGAGGUCAGAGGAGGCUUCCUGGGGAGUACAACAGCACCUCUGCCACCACUGAGGUCGUUAAGAAACGCAUCUUGA